AUGGUGUGUUCUGAUCUGAGAUGUAAAGUUGGGGAGAAGGGAUUUGGUGAAACAAGACAUCGUUUACGCCCCUUGGAUUUGAUAUUGAAUUCAGAUAUUCGAGAAAUAUUCCACACUAGAAAUAGAAUCAUUUCUUACAUCCAGAGGCACCUUGAUGACCUUGAUUUUAUGGAGGUUGAAACACCUAUGAUGAACAAGAUUGCUGGUGGAGCAGCAGCUCGCCCAUUUGUAACUCACCACAAUGAACUUGACUUGAAGUUAUUCAUGAGAAUUGCUCCAGAACUUUAUCUCAAGCAGCUGGUUGUUGGUGGGAUGGAACGUGUUUAUGAAAUUGGUAAACAAUUUAGAAAUGAGGAUAUAGACCUUACACAUAAUCCGGAGUUCACUACCUGUGAGUUUUAUAUGGCUUAUAAUGAAUACAACGACCUAAUGGAGAUAACAGAGAGAAUGUUGAGUGGUUUGGUUCAGGAACUUACAAAUGGAAGCUAUAAAAUCAAGUAUCAUGCAAAUGGGGUUGAUAAAGAUCCUAUUGAAAUAGACUUCACUCCACCCUUCAGGAGGAUUGAUAUGAUUGAGGAACUAGAGAGUAUGGCAGGACUUAGUAUUCCCAAGGACUUGGCCACUGACGAAGCUAAUCAAUAUCUGAAGAAUGCAUGCUUGGAGUAUGACAUUAAAUGCGCUCCCGCUCAAACAACUGCUCGAUUGUUGGAUAAACUUGCAGGCCACUUUUUGGAAGAAACAUGUGUCAAUCCUACAUUCAUCAUAAAUCAUCCCGAGAUCAUGAGCCCUUUGGCAAAGUGGCACAGAACGAAACCAGGCCUGACAGAACGUUUUGAGUUGAUUGUUAAUAAGCUUAAACUUUCCAAUGCAUAUACUGAAUUGAAUGAUCCUGUAGUGCAACGUCAGAGAUUUGCCGAACAACUCAAGGUAUGA